AUGGACUACAAAAAAUUAUUAGAAAAGUUAAAAGAAUACAAGGGAGAUGGCUCGGACUAUCUUCACACUACCUAUGAAUUAGGAAAUAAUAAUGCUGACAAGGAAAUUGAAGCGGAAAUUGCCAAUUCCCAAAACGAAUUACAAAAUAUAAAAAAGCAAAUCGCUAAUACAGACAGUCCCGCCAAAAAGAAUGAAUUAGAAAAAGAAAUUAAUGGCCUGGAAAAUCACAUAAAGGAUUUAAAGAAGAAACGAAACCAAAAAAACUUCACAAAAACAACAGCCUCACCACAAGGAGUUUUACAAGGCGAAUUGGGGGUCGGCAAAACCACCUUGACCCAAUUGCUAGCCAAAAAUCUGGAAAUUAAAGAAAAAGUAACCUCGCCCACUUUUACUAUUUGUCAAAGAUAUCAGAUAAAAGAUAAUUAUUAUUUAAAUCAUUUCGACUUUUUUCGUCUCAAUACUAAUGACAAUUUAGAAAUUUUUCAAGAACAAGCAAUUGACAAUUUAAACAUUAUUGAAUGA